CCGCAGCGCUCGGCUCUGUUGCAGUCAUUAUCUAGGGAGCGGAUGCACAGGGCUCUAUGGGGACCGCUAAUGGGCCGAUUCAAUUUCAGCUGGAUGACGCCACUUAGGACUUUUAGAUGUGCCCUGAUGCCGCAGGCUCCCCCAGCUCCUGGCGAUGCAGCUCUCUUCCAGCGUGGCUGAACUCAGCUGUGACGAGACGAUGGAACCCCCGGCUGAGGACUUCCAGCAGGUCCUGUCCAUCGACCAAAUCCGCUCCAUCCGUGCCAGCAACAACUACGUGGAGAGGCCAGCCACCUGCUUCCAGCAAGCCCGCUCCAACCCGUCCCUCUCGCAACCACCGCACAAGCAGGAGUGGACUCAGGACCGCCUGGCAUCCUCCACGCUGCAGGACCUGCACCGCAGCCACAGCCAGCAGCCCCACAUGCCGCCCUUGCAGCAAGCCAUGAGCCACUCCAGCACAGCCAGCUCCGUGUCCCAGAGCACCACCGCCUCCGAGCAGCGCCUGCUCAGCGCCCUGACGCCGUCCCACUCGGGCCACUCGCUCAUCCGGACGCAGCCCAGGGCCGGCGAGCUGAAAGCGGAGGAAUCUCCCUUGAAAGGGGUGGUGGAGAAGGGCAGCCUGCACGGCGGGCACCUCUUUGUCUGCGAGGAGUGCGGGCGCUGCAAGUGUGCCCGCUGCACGGCCGCCCGUGGCCUGCCCUCCUGCUGGCUGUGCAACCAGCGCUGCCUGUGCUCCCCAGAGAGCCUCCUCGACUACGGGACUUGUCUCUGCUGCGUCAAGGGCCUCUUCUACCACUGCUCCAGCGAUGACGAGGACACCUGUGCUGAUGACCCAUGCUCCUGCGGGCCAGGCUCCUGCUGUGCCCGCUGGGCUGCCAUGAGCUUCCUCUCCCUCCUCAUGCCCUGCCUCUGCUGCUACUUUCCCACCUUGGGGUGCCUCAAACUUUGCCAGCGGGGUUACGACGGCCUGAAACGCCCCGGCUGCCGCUGUCAGACCCACACCAACACGGUGUGCAGAAAGAUCUCCUCCUCCAGUGGCACGCCUUUCCCCAAGGCACUGGAUAAGCCGGUAUGACCCUCCUGGGGAGGACAAGCAGACAAUUCCUCCUAAUCCUCUCCCAUUCACCCCCAUUCUCCUCUGGCUGCCCCUGCUCUGCAGUGCUUCCCUGCCCCCUGCCUUCCUCCUAGGAAUGAGACUCAGGGUCCCUGGGCCAUGGCUCUUCCCGUGGUAGGAGGAGCUGGGACCAUGCAUCCCAAGCUAGAAUCCUCCAGGAGCCUGGACCUGUUCUCUCCUUCCAGCACUUUUCAGAGGUGGUCUCCAUUUACUCCCACUGCCUACGUCCCUCAUCUUCCAGGUGCUGCAGGGUCCCACCAAGCAGCAGCAGCCUCCCUGCCUGCUUGGAAGCCAUCAAGAGAUGCCAGUCAGAUGGCACCUCAUUUCUCCUGCCUCCGAGAGGAAGGGAAAUUGUGGGAAGAUUUCAAACCUUUCAGCUGCUGCCCAGCUGCAGUGAGGGGAAGGUUCCCCUGGGAUGUGAUGGAGAGCAGGAUGCUGGUUUGGAACAACUAUUAAUUUCUUCAUACCUGGAGGUGAAGGGUCUUCCUCCAAAGUGCAAACCAUGAUGGGAUGGGAGAGAAGAUGAUAUUGUCACCCAUCUCCAUCCCACCACUGAGCAGAUGCAGCUCCCAUUCUAUACUUCCAGGCUUGUCCUCGAGUAGGGUGAAAUAGCCAUGGGGACAGAGCUUUGUCCCAACACCCUGUUCCCUAGAUCUGCCUUCUGCCUGUCUGGUACCUUCCACCAGCACUGAAAUCACUUUAAAAAAGUCCCCAAACCCAAUUAUCGACAGCCAGCUCUUCUCUCCCCGCUGCUUAGCACUGAUCUGAGGUGGGGGUCCUGUUAUGGCUUGGGGAAAAUGGAGAGUUGAAGGGGGUUUCCGCAGAUGGGACCCCAACCUUCCUUCCCUGCAGAAAUUGCCUUUGAGCCCUCAUCUUGCUUUCCUUGGCCACCAGUAUGCCACAGCACUGUCACUGCUGAGGGUAUUCUGUAACAGUGGGGAUGGGGCUGAAUGGAGCCGUUGGGCUGGGCCAUGUGCAGACCAUGAUAUGGGGUCAGUGCUUCAUGGUUUACGUGCUGUGAUGCUAAAAGGCCAAACCCAUUGCUGCAGCUGUGGGCAGAUUCUUCCAGACCUGGGCUCGGCCCCAUCUCCGCUUGCCACUGGUGGGUCAGGGGAGCUUGGAGCUGGAAUUAUGUCCCAAGGCUGUCACUCCUCUGAGACACAAGUGUGUGCAGAGGGAAGUAAAUGGUUCCCCUGGAGAAAUAUAUGCAAAGUCUCCCUUGGCUUCCUCCAAGACUCUGCUGUCCAGGGCUUGUCCAUUGCAUUCACUCAGCCACUUCUUUCCGUAGAGUUCUGUGGAUCUAUUUUUGUACAUAUAAAUAUAACGUUAGGAUGGCUAGGACUAUUACUAAUAAUAUCCAUGAUACUGCUGUGAAUGGUGCCAGAUGCAAGGUUUGGCUUCCUGGUACACUUCCACAUUCUGGAAGAUGAUUUCCUGAUCUGUUUAUCACUAAUCCUAGACCUUGAGUUCCUAGGUAGUCGGGUGAGGGGGAAAGGGAGGUAUAGAGGUUGCAGAGAGGGAGUAGGAUUUAGUGCUGGCUGUGGGAUGAGCCAGGAGGUAGCAUUUCUUGAUGGGAUUCAUCUUCCCAUACAUUUGCUAUCUAAAAAUCACAGCUGAUCCAAGCUCCCUCUGUUGCGGGGAAAAAAAAAAAAAGAAAAAGAAGCAGUUCCAGGGAGUGAUUCAUCCUCCUCAGAAACAUUAAUUAAAAUGUGUGCUGCUGGUGCUUGACUCCUUUGAUUCUAAGGGAGCUACAUGUUGAUGGUGUGAAGGGGAGGUGAAUCCCAUCCCUGGUGGAGAGUUUGUGCCUGGGGUGUGGUAUGGGCAUGACCAAAAUCCUGAUCCUAGUUUCACUCAGAGCCCAAGGGGCAUUGAUGGAAGAUGCUUCUAAAGAUGCAGAGCCCACCUCUGUGAGUGGUAGAGAAUUCAGGAUGAUGCUGUGGCUUACAGCAAGGAUCUUGUUCUGAUAAGGAGGGAGAAGAUGAUGCCUGUGCAGUUUUGCCAUUUGGGUUUUAAGGCAAUGACCUUCUCAGACAGUAGCCUGUACGUGUCUGUACCAACACAAGAUCAGUCCGUCUCUGUGGCAAUCAAUUAUAAAAUACAUCACAAAUGUAUUUAUCCAUAUGUCAGCAGUUGCUUGGCAUAUGGGUAUUUCCAAGUGAUGUCUGGGGGAGAGGCUUCCACCAAGAGGCAUCCUUCCUUUUCUCUUCACUUAUCUAUUGGUGCUGAUUAAUUUAUUCCACCUAAAAAGUGUAAAACUCUUUUAGGGGAAAAAGUCCCUUUUUUUUUUCAUUGAGGAUUUGAGGAACUGGCUCACUUCAACAAGAACGGGAAAUAGUUCAUUGAAACUUUCAGAAGAAAACUAAUGAACAGAAUUUUCCAACUUGCUCUACUUUGAUUUUUUUUCCUCCUCCUUUUUAAGUGGAGCCGUCUUAUAAAUUUAGUUACCACCUCUGUAUCUCUGCAAAUCAUUGCUUCCUCUCCUGAUGGUGGAAUGACUCAACAUGUGAAGCUUCAUAAUUUUCACGGCCUCUCAAGUCAUGCAAGCAUGGGGUGAUCUCCAGGUGCUGGAGCCAUAGGAUGAGAAGAUGGCUGUCCAGAUACCAUCUCCUCAGAGCCAGUUUGCCUUGGCAUAGUGCAGUGAGGUGGAACCCAGCACUACUAUUGCAGCAUAUUUACCUUCAGCAAUUGGUAGGAGUCCAGGAUGCCGUCUACCUAAUGGGCUUCUUCUGGGUCAGCACGGAAGUUCCAUUUCCAAUAGGGAAUCAUGCCAUACCAGAGUACAGGGCUGAGGAGUCCAGCCAGGUCUCUUGAAUGUCUCACCUCCUAUAAAAGCCAAACUCAUGAGAUAUAUUUUAUGGAAUAUGGGGCAUGUAGAAAGGAAUUGGAGAGGGCCCAGUUGGGCACAGAGGGCUGUCAGACCAUGCAGAGCCUCAGCUGGACUGUGUUGAAGGUCAAUCAGAGCCAUGUUGAGGUCUUACAGUUGCAUGGACUGGAGAUGUUCAGAGCUGGCAUUUGCCAAAAGCUCUCCGAAGAUGCCAGUUCCAGUUCGCUGAGCCCAUCUGGUGUCAGGGAGGCUGUGGGUAGCCUCUGAUCAUGUUUAUUUUUCCUGAGCUUUUCUAAUGUCUUCAGACCAGUUCCAUCCUGCUCCCUUCCCGUUUCUGGCUGCUGGAUGGUUCAGUUUCCCUUCAGAGAGGGCUCCAAUUUUGGUUGGAGUUGUGAGCCCCUUUCCUGCCCCACCCUGUAAUGAGUCAGAUAACAUCUGCUCCAGAUGUUUGUGUGCGGCUGCUUGCCCUGACAGUUUGGGUGUCUCUCUGUCCCGACGUGUCUUUCUUGGUUUUGGAGAGUCGCAUGACAAGUCCUCUGUUUUCCAUGCACUCUUGGGACCUGACAGGGAUGGAACUGCUUCGCAAGAGAGCGUUUCUCCACAUUGUGCAUCUGUGCUGGUCAUGGGCCCCUUUCCCAGGAAACAUGCAGGGCUUUAGGGCAAAUUUAAGGAGAGAUGCUCAGGUGCCAAGGAGCAGGAGGCUGGGCAGGAGCUGCUGAGCAGGACCUGAGCUCCCCCUGCUCUGCUCCUCCCAUCUUCUCCAAAGACUCCUGAUGGUGCUUGCUUUGUGCUAUGGCUUCUCUCAGCCCUGUUCCAUUCCUUUAAUACAGCGUGAUCGGUCCCAGCACUGUUGAGGAGGAGUCACUGUGGACCAACCUGAAGCACACAUCCUAUCCCAGUUUCCCCAGUCUUCCCAGUGGAAGUAGGUGAUGCUUGGGGUGUAGCCCAGGUUGGCACCCAUCCCUGGGAAAGCUCUUUGUCUCCCACAAAAGCAGCUGCUGCCAGCCAAGGACAUCAAAAAACAGUUGGCAGGAUUGGAUUUUGGGGGGGAAGGUCUUUGAGAUUUCAUUCUCAGAUUCCCAUAAAAUUCUGUUGAGUCAACUCUCCCCUAUCCUCACAUAUGAUUCAAGAGAAUGGUGGGGAAGUAUCAUUGGCCAAAAAUGCCAAAGCACAAAAUUACAGUUUAUCGACAGCUGCUGUAGUGCAAUAAAGAGGGAUGAACUGGGUUUACAGGAGUGGAAUGCACCAGGAAAGAGCAUGCCAUGCCCCAAGCAUGCUGUUUCCAGCACCCGCUCCGUUCAUUUGCUCUCUCUCUCAUUCUGGUCCACGGGUAUUUUGAGGCUGGAGAACACUGAGAAGUCUUUGGAUAUCGGAAGGUCUAUCUUGCUGUGACCAGUGUACAAGAAAUGCAGAGAAGAGAUCAUCCCCUAUCCCACCUGAAACCCAUUCUUGUUCUUCGGUGGAAAUGAAGUGAGUGAGGAGCCCAUGGAGUCCACUUCUCUAGGAUAUGUACAGCAGCUGGAGGUGGCUGGUUCAGAUCUGAAGCAAAGCUAUGACCUCCUAUGGGCUCACAUGCUUCAGGGUAUUUCUUGGUGAGCACCAGGACCUCUUGCAAACAUACAAACGGCUCCAAAAGGAGCAGAAUCAAAUCCUCCCCGAUGAAUUGCUGGUGCGGCUGGUCCCCUCCUUCCCUGCUGAAGUCCCUAUCCACCUUCUCUUCCUCAUCUUCCCACCUCCUGGCAGUUCCCUCAGGCCUUCGUGAUGCUCAGUGGAUAGGCAGCCGCCUGCCUCCCCAGCGUCCUCAGCACAAAACUCUCCCAAGAAGGGAGGUCCCCUUGGCUUCAAAGGAGAGCAUCAUACCAAGAACCGAAGCCUCUAAUUCUCCAUUUAACUGGUACAAAGGCAUUCUGUACAGUAUAUAAAGAGAUCCCUCCCUGGCUGCCUUUAUUUGGGUUCCUUUCUAUAAGGUAUAAUACAUGUUUAUAACCUGACGGCUGUUUUUUUUUUGACAAUACUCUUGUAAAUUUAAAAGGAAAAAACAAACAAACA